AUGAGAAAAGGGGAAAAAGGAGGGAUUCCAGGUGAAGAUGGACACGAUUCCCCUGUGGCAGAGAUGGUAGAGCCAUUGGCAUGGGGAAUUGGAAGAGAAGACGAACAGUCACUUAAUAUUCUUGGCUUGAAGAGAAAAGAAAAUGAUUCUACCAUGAUAGAAUUCGUUCUUCUGGGUCUAUCAUCCUCCCGGGAGAUGCAGCUCUUUCUCUUCUUACUAUUUUGGGUGUUUUACUUGGCUAUUGUCUUGGGAAACAUCUUGAUAGUAGUGACAGUGUGGGCUGAUGCUCUUCUGCUCCAAUCUCCCAUGUACUAUUUUUUAGGCCACCUUUCCUUCAUUGACCUAUGUCUGAGCUGUGUUACUGUGCCCAAGAUGUUAGGGGAUUUCCUAGAACAAGGAAAGACCAUCUCUUUUUUGGGAUGCCUAGCCCAGAUCUACUUUCUCCACUUUCUGGGAGCCAGUGAGAUGUUUCUGCUGACAGUCAUGGCUUACGACAGGUAUGUUGCCAUAUGCAAUCCUUUGCACCACCUGGCACUCAUGAACCGCCACCUAUGCCUUCAGUUGGUUUUUGCCUGCUGGUGUGGGGGUUUCAUCCACUCUGUCACACAGGUCAUGCUGGUCAUCCAGUUGCCCUUCUGUGGCCCCAAUGAACUGGACAACUUCUACUGUGAUAUCCCACAGGUCAUCAAGCUUGCCUGAAUGGACACCUAUGUGGUGGAGGUCCUGAUGGUCUCAAAUAGUGGUCUGCUCUCUCUCAUCUGCUUCUUGGUUCUGCUAGUCUCUUAUGCUGUCAUCAUGAUCACCCUGAGGAUGCACUUCCGCCAGGGCCAGAGAAAGGCACUCUCUACCUGUGUCUCCCACCUAAUAGUGGUCAGCCUCAUCUUUGUGCCAUGUGUAUUCAUCUACCUGAGGCCUUUCUGUAGCUUUUCUGUGGAUAAAGUAUUUUCCACCUUUUACACAGUGAUCACACCUAUGCUGAACCCCCUCAUCUACACACUCAGAAAUUCUGAUAUGAAGACAGCUAUGCAGAAACUGAAAAAAACAUGUGGCAUCCUGCUAUCCUGUUAA